GCUAUCUGAAUAGAGUGAGUCUACUGAAAAGGUUUGAUUUAGAUAGGGGAACCUUUGAUUUAGAUGACAUCCUGCUGUCUAAAUAUAAAAGGGAGGUUCUCACAGAGUUAGAAGAUAUGCAUAUGGAAUUACAGGAAGCCCAGGCAAAAAAGCAGUUCUUUUUUUAUGACAAGAAAUUACCCAAACUUCAGUGGAGUCCGACAAGAGAGAAGUGUUUGAGAGAGAAGCAGAAAUCAUUAAGUGAUCUCAGGUAUAUUUAUCAGAACUCAGCAGGUAAGGAUAAUCUCAAUACUCCCCUGCGUAGAGGGGCAAUUUACAAAAGAACCAUGCCAGAUUUUAACAGGAAUUCUUCAUUUCUUGACCUGUAUGCCAAAUAUAAAACACUUGGCGAUGAAGCCAAGCAGAAAAAUUUCACUGGAUGUAUUAAGGGUAGAAAAAGUUAUGCUGCCCACUCCAAGGGCUCUCCUCGCUUAGGUCCAUAUAUGGAGAUACUAGAGAGGACUAGGAAAGCAAAGCAUGGGCCAGUGCUGUAUGGAACACACAUAAAUGAUCAAUUUAAUCGGUACGAAAUUUAUGUGUCUAAUUUAAAGAAGGUGUCCAGGUCAUGCCCAGAUUUAAAAGCAAAAUUAAAGGGUAGCUGGUGCUCUGCAGCAGAAAGAGGUACAGGUACCUCAAAACAGUUCAAUGCAAGUAGUGCAUUGAGAUCAAAUGUUCCGUCUGUAUUACAGCAAACCCCAGCAGCUCAGGUAAAAGCUGGAGAAAACAUUUUAAAAAACAGGACUGACAGCUGUGUUCCAGUAAGGGUCAGGCUAGAGGAAUCAGCAUACAGGCAGCAAGCAAAUGUAUUUCCCAAUGAAAAUAGCUGCAGGAAUCAAAAAAAAUUCUUCUCAAGUGAAUCUAGUUUUAAAAAGUGUAACUUAUCUGAUAGAAAUCAGUCAGAAUUUGAUCAAAAUAUCCAUGCACAUUCGGAGUUUGAACACUUAGCAACAAGUAAAAUCCCUGAUGCUUUUCAAAAUUUUGAUGGGCAAAUUGUACCAGUUCAAAAAGAAAGAGAUACCCAUUCACCAUUAGAAAAGCCACAAAUCUCUUGUCAGAAGGUUAAAGGUUGUUAUGAUGAUAAAAGUCGAAGUCCAUUUUUGACAAGCAAAAAUACUGGUUGUUUACCAAAAACCUUUGAAGUGUUUAGAGAUAAUGAUGACAGAUCUGAGAAUAUGAGGAAUAGAAAUAGUGAUGUAUAUUGUAUGUCUCUAGGCUGCAAGCAUCUCAGAUGUCCAGCUGCCAGUGCUAAUCACCUCACACUCUCACCUGGAAGCCUUAAUCCUUCAACAAAUGAUAAAUAUACUACAGGAGCUGGGGAGGGCAGCUUUGAAAAUUUCACAAGCAGAGAUGUAGGAGGCCAUUUUGUUAAUAACCCUACUGGCAAUGAACAAUCAGUAUGUGACAAUCAGUUAAAGGUCGAACUUAGGAGAAAUCAUCUCCCUGAAAAUGAAAGUGACUUAAACCCCAGUGAAUGCAAACAAUUAGCAUUGCAUACAUUAUAUAAAGAUGAAUUAAGAAAAGGGGAACUGACUAUUCUUGGGGCACAUCUCAGUAGAAACCCAGUACCGGGAAUAAGGCCCACUGACAUUUACCCACAGAGAAGCAGGCCAUGCCAUGUUGAAGAGGGGAAUAGUUUUGAUGGAUAUGGUAAAGUAGAGGAGAUAACCAACUUGGCAAGCUUAAAGUUCAAAGAUUCACUGCCUUUGAUAGAUACACAUAGAAAUGCAGUUUCUUUGACAAGAGAUAUGAGGCAAAAAUAUGAAAUCAGUUUGGUGGGUUCUAGCUAUAUAGGUAAAGGCAAUGAAGGUAGGGCAGAGAGUGUAAACAAUUUACACAGCGGGGCUCAUGUUUCCAGUCCGAGCAGAUUGAGUUCAAGACAGCCAGGUAUCCUGGAUAGCUCUACUCAUAUUAAACAGCUUGAAUGCUCAGGUAGGAAAAAUGCUGUGUUUGAAAAAGCUGUGCAGGAAGAAAUUGUAAAUAGAGGCUUACUUAAAAAUAGGCAGCCUUCCCCAAGCCUUUUGGCAGAAGAGUCAAAGCCAGAUAGGAAUGUCUUGGGCAGUUCACAUUUAGAGGAUGCAGAGUCUCCCCACAAUAAGAGGCCGUCACCUGAGUCUUCACCCCCAGCACCUGCACAGCGCAGUCCGCACGGCUCCUGGGACAGACGGAGAAGGGAUGAGGCUGAUGAAAGACGGAGAAUUCGUGUACAACAAAUAACUGAGGAAGAAAAAAAGAAGAAAGCCAUUCAAGAACAGCUAGACGCUCAAGCUCGAAGGCAUUCAGAUUAUUUUACGCCUGCACAGAAAUCUCCCAUCCCUACUGAUCGUUUUGACAGAUACCAAGGAAAGAACAUGAAAAAGAAACCAGAAAUUCAUGGGAAGGCUAGGGCCUUGUAUAAUUUCAGUGCUCAAAGUCCAAGGGAACUCUCCUUUAGAAAAGGAGACAUCAUUUUGCUGAUUAAGAAGGUGGACAAGAAUUGGUUUGAAGGAGAACAUCAUGGAAAAACUGGCCUCUUCCCUGUUAAUUAUGUUGAGGUGAUCACCUCUGUAGAGGCUGCCCAUCUCCAGGACCUAGUUUCAGAGGGACAAGCUGUGGCCAAGUUUAAUUUUACUGCCCAAACCAAAGUGGAGAUGUCUGUGAAGAAGGGUGAGGUUGUGGUGCUAAUCCGUCGUGUAGAUGAGAACUGGUAUGAAGCUAAGAUAGGCAGCCGACAUGGCAUUGUCCCUGUUAGCUACCUGGAGGUAGUGAGGGAGCCAACGAAAAGAGCAUUCUCUCCAAUUUCAGUGUCUUCCAGUCAUCCGAUGUCUCCAGUCAAUUACAAUGGUCCUUUGAGCCCCACCCCCGGUGCCCCCGCCCGCCCCCAGCAGCCAGUGUCCUGGUCGCCCACACAACGCAGUGCCAGUCCUUCAUCACAAACCAGGACACAGUACAGUCCACAGUCGUCGCCCAGGACCAUACAUGCUAGAUCAAUAGUAACCAAGCAGAGCAGUCCACCCCAUGACCAGCAUCCAGGAAGCGCCUACUCCACACAGACCUGGUCACCUACAUAUCGUAGCGCAAGUCCUAGGGAUUACACUGAUGCAGGAGGGCGACCAGCACAGAAUAGAGUGGCUCCCCCUUCAGGCCACAGUGGCAGCCAGCCUCAGAGUUUUUCUACACAGACGUGGACAGGGGGGAGCCCCUCCCUUGUGAGAGCUACAGAUGUCCACAGAGGGGCACCAGAUGUUGGGUAUACACAGGAAAUUAGGGCACCGAGUCCUACCACAUUCAGUUCAAUAACUAUGUCCACCUCUGUAAAGGAUAAAGAUAAGAAAAAGAAGCACAUAAUUGUGCAACCAGCACCAAUCAGUGAGCAUCAAACAAGUGUCAACCUUCAGCAGACUGUAAUACCUCAACAGAUUCCAGUAUUCAAAUGUGAAGGAGAGGAUGAAUUCUUACCGUAUCAGGCAGUGUAUCCAUACCAUCCUCAGAAUGAAGAUGAACUGGAGUUGAAGGAAAAAGACAUAGUUUAUGUGAUGGAGAAAUGUGAUGAUGGUUGGUUUGUCGGUACGUGUGUACGCACUGGACAGUUUGGUACUUUUCCGGGAAACUAUGUGGAACCCGUAUAUGCUACUGUCUAUAGAGCCCCUGGCUCACUUGAGAUUCAGCUUGCCCCAAAUUAGUCCCUCGGUAUGAAAGGGCAGGAGUAUAACAAGAGACAUGGUGCACUUUAGUGAUACAUCAAGCAAGUACAUUUUUGUAAAAGAAGACGUAGCAACAUCAAUGUAGAUUUAUAUGAUAAUUGUCUUAUCAGGAUGAGACAUAUUGGUAAAGUUAUACCUAGGAUGAUGGUUAUUAUAACUUAAAGGAAAAAAAUGACAGUUGCAGAUUGUGAAGAAGUUCAUAAAUUGAAUAUUGAGAGAAAAAUGAAGACAAAAUAUAUAAUAGUGGUUAAUUUAUCGAUGGUACUGUUUAUUAGCACUUGUUCAGAUUCAGUUAUAGUUACUGUAUGCCAUAUAUGUAGCAGUUUAAGUAAUCAGCAGUUAAUGUAUAAGGGGAAUGUUUUAUUAAUUUACAGUAUCAUUAAUACAUAUUUUAUUACUGGAUAUUUUUUUUACCGAAUUCAAACAUGACUUGGGGGGUGGGGGAUUUGAGUGUCAGUCAAUUUAAUGUCAUUAUUCUUAGUAUGAUAAUGCAAUGGAAGAAAAGAAAGUGAAUACUAAAUGCGAAUAACUGACAUGAUUUUAAAACUUUUAUUUAAGUUAUUGGCGUGUUCAGUAUUUAAUCCUGCUAGGGUAUCACUUUUUUUACAAGAUGAAAACUAAACAAAUUGUAUCAUCCAAACAUCUAGCACUGUCUUAAUACUACAAAACAAACAAAUACACCAGUCUUUUUUUUUUUUCUUUCAUGAAUGUCAGUUAUUUUUCAGAAUUAAUACUGAUAUUCUUCGAAUGUCAAAAGGAACCAAAUCAUUGUAGCUAGUUUUUAAGUAUAGCUCAAGGGGUAAUAUAAUUUAUGUAUAUUCAUGUGGUAAAGCUAUGACAUGGUUCUUUGCCUUGCUGCAAACUUCUACUGUAAUAAUGUAUCAUUUUUUUCACACAUUCAUGUACACAUCACUUUACUGCAUGCUCACAUACUCACGUUCUAACAUACUGGAGUUAUUUAUGGGCCAAUUUGCCACAUCAGUAUUUCAUCUUUUUAAACUGUAUCUGACCAAGCUGUGUCACUAAAAUUAUAUAUGAUUUCCCACCAGCUGUAUGGAACGAGAUCUACAAACAGGUGAGGACUGCUCUAGCAUAAUGUUUAAGCCAAAUGACAAUUCUUUUAACCAAAUUAAUUGUAAAUUGGUUAAAAACAUACAGAUAGGAAAAAUUAGGUGGAGCAAUUUAUGUAGAACUGUUGACAUAGAUAAUCUGCUAUUAUGUGUCUAGAAUGCAUGUUACACAUUACAAGUAUUAAUUUAUUUGAGACAAAAUCACAAGGCCAUGUCCACACAUGCAUUGAUGUUGUUUUUCAUAUUCACUCUUAGACUUGUGUAUUUGACACAUUUUCUAUCCAAAAAAAAAAAAAAGCUUUAUAAAAAUAUGAAUCCACAACAUUUAAAGGCUACGAAAAUUAUAGUGAUCAAGGGGAUACAUUUUAUAUUAAGUGACUUAGUUUGGUAGAAAAAUUGAAUAUUUUAUUUUUCUUUUGUUAUUUGCUUGUUGUCUUGUGUGAGGCACUGAUGAUGUAAACCAAUAAAACUGUCUUUCUUAUAUAUAUGUUGUUAGUGUUGAAUAAUCAAUCUGAAUAGUUGUUCAGUGUGAUGUGGACAUUUCUGACAUAUUAUCUUCUGCACAGUGCCAAUUUCUUCAGGUUCUACCCAUUACAUUGCCAGAAAUUGAUGGAGAAAUCUAAGUGUGAGGGUUGUCAACUGUAAUGCAAAAAAUUACUUAAUAUGACAAAGCAAGAUUGUAGAUAAGUAGAUAAUGUGGUAUAUCCCCUUUUACAUGUUAUGUUAUCUUACUUAUUAAUUUAUGGUAGCUCAGUGGUUACAUGCAUAAUGUUAUUUAUAUGUGUAUUUUCACCAGCCUCUGCUGGCAAUAGCAGUCGCCAUGCAGUCUAUUCAUUGGUUCUUUCAAAUGCUUUAACCUCAACUGGUAGAAUGUUACCAAAUUAAUGCAUUCUCUAACAUUCUUAUUUAUUCUUGAUAAUCUUCUGUAAACAGGUACGUAACAAUCUAGUUCUUAUAGUAAGGCAAGGUACAUAGACUACUAUUUGUUUUAAGCUAGGAGAAGGAAAUGUUCCACAAUCUAAAUAAGACAAUUUUACAUCUAGAAUUAUGAACCAGUCCUGCUGUCUACUUAAUUUCAUAUAUUUAUGUAUUCUAUUUUUUAAAACAUUUAUUGAGCUGUUUUAGUUUUCAAAUACUUUCUUCAGCUUACCAUGACAUUAGUGAAGUUGAAACUUUCAUCACCAAGAGGAUUGUUGUGUGGCUUCAUUGACUUUGUUUUUUUUUAGCAAAAUAAAUUAUAACAUUACAUGUCAAAUGGAUUUUUGUAUCAUGUUAUAAACUCUAAGAAAAAAAUCAGUCUACAAAUGUUAAAGAAGUUGAAGAUCGGGUUAUCUGAUACAAAAAGUAACUUGAUAAACCAUUCGAUCCCAAGUCACCUCCGAUAAUUUGAAUUCACUGAAGUGGGGCUAAAUUUCGUAACUGUCAUGGAAGUGACAUGAAGACGUAGACAAUGAAAUAUCAUGACAAGAUGUGUAACAGGACAACUGACAGAUACAGAAGUACAUGUUUAUGCCAUCAAUAUGAAAAAUGUAUAAUGAUUAAUCAUGGAUUAAUUAAUUACAAUAAGGAAUAAUGACACUGACACACGAUGGUCAUCAAAUAGCAUCAUGGCAAAGAACUUGACCUUAAAAUUGCACACCUGUGGUUCAAAGUCAGCCUGGUUUACACUCCAGUUAAAUACUAUGUCUAAUGUAUAGCACCAAGUUAAUAUUUUUCUCUAGAGUCCUUCACAUAACCAAAUGACUUCACCUGAGAUAUGUGGUCUGUCGCGAUGAUGUUUUAGUAAGUACUAGUAUAAUUAAUAUCGUACAACUUCAUUGGAAAAGUACUCUGCAACUACCUGGCACACUUUUCUGAUAAAAAUUGAGACAUUCUGUUAUUUUUGUUAAAGACUUCCAAGUUUUGAACAUGAUUAGAAGAGUGCUAUCAUGACAUAAUGGCAAAAUUGCAAUACUGAUCAAACAUUAAUUUUUAAGUUUUUGGUUAUUUUCAUUAACAAUAGGUGCAAAAUUUGCACCUAAUACACCUU